AACAUGUUUUUCAAAUUUUCAGUCGGACUUGUAAUGUAAGUGCACCAGUCAAGGCGGAAGUACGGAAGUAAGAAAUUAAAGGGGUUUCAACAUGGCGGAGACUCACAGUCUGCAGGACAUGAGGCAACAAGCAGCCAUUGCUGCCAAGGUGUUCAUCCAGAGGGACUACACGAAUGGGACCCUGUGCCAGUUUCAGACCAAGUUUCCCACUGAGCUGGAGAACAGGAUUGACAAGCAGCAGUUUGAGGAGACAGUAAGAACACUGAAUAAUCUGUAUGCUGAGGCAGAAAAACUAGGAGGCCAGUCAUACCUGGAGGGCUGUCUGGCCUGCCUCACAGCCUACACUAUCUUCCUCUGCAUAGAGACACAUUACGAAAAGGUUCUGAAGAAGAUUGCCAAGUACAUCCAAGAACAGAACGACAAGAUCUACGCACCCCGCGGCCUGCUUCUCACAGACCCUAUAGAGCGAGGACUGCGAGUAGUUGAAAUCACCAUCUAUGAAGACAGAAGCACUGGCGCAGGAAGAUAAAAGUUACCAAAGCUCUCGUUGUGUUGAAACUGCAGCUGGCUGGUUGGAUAUGAAUUUUAAUCUCUCCAGAGAUCACCUUUCCUACCUUUUACCUGAUUGACCAAUGUGCCAACCUGUUCAGCCUCUCACCUGGUGCAGCCCCUCACUCCUACCCAAAGCUCUUUCUUGAGUCUCUGUUUCCCCCUUGUACCAUGCAUAGGUAAUGUGUGUGUAUCUGGUUUUCUUUCUCUUUCUUUUCAGAACUUUCGUGACAAGUUAUUUAUAAGUUAAGCUCCACAGGGAAGGCAGGGUAAUUCUGUUUUCCAUAGAAUUAAGGCAUCUUUUAAAUUAGAUGUCAAAACUGAAUACACAUGGUUUAUUUUUCUCUUCAACCACAGGUUUGUUUUGUAAAUGGUGUGCCAUAUGUUGUUUUUUUUACUAAUAUUUAGUCUUACUAUUUCCUUUCAUUGUUUUGAACAGAAAGGUCAGACAAAAGCUGUCUUUAGUGUAGUCUUCUAAUUGUGACAUCAGUUGCUCUCUGUCCUUUGUGAUGAGUAUCAUGAUGUUCAGGACUGUAGGAGAAAGCAGAUCAUGUAAAGCCCUGUGUUUAUCUAAUUAUAUCAUUCCUGUGGUCUGCUCAGGUGAUUAAUGAUUAAUGUCAGGGCAUCUCAACCAAUAUAUGUCAAUAAAGACAGCUCUUAAAUAGCGGAAGCCUGGCUUUAAUAUAAAUAGAUUUUUUAUACUCUAUCUGAUAAACCAUUGAAAAUGUCAUCAAGUGUUAUGUAGUUAUGUAUGUUUUGCAUGAAAACUGUAUGACUUGAAAAUGAAAAAUUUGAGAAAAAUGAAAAAUCAUCACUGAAAUGCAUAACACUACAAAACUAUAUGGAUAAGUGGUUAACAGUUUGUCAUGCUGCAAAAAAAGAAAAUGAAGCUUUUUUUAAUGUAUGGAAUAUAUAUCUCCUAAACUUUAAGUGCAGUUAUCUGCUCAGGUAAUAAUCAUGCAAAUAAACAGAACCUGCAACCCCUUGGUUGUGAGCUAAAUGUCUCAUCUUUCUGUUCAUAUCUUAGGAGUUAAUAUUUUUUUAUACUUUGGAUUUUUCAGUUUCUUUUUUCCAAACGAUGUUAUUUCUAAUCAUGUGUAUUGUAGCAUUCAAAUGUGUACUUUUCUGAAAGAAUAUUCAACCUAAUGCAUCUUGUUGGCAUGCCUUAAUAUUUCUGUUAGAAGGAUCCAGUAGGAGUUUUUAAUAUAUACUGUAAUUUGAAUUCUGUAACAUGAAAUACAGCCAUGAUCAUAAAGACGUUUACCAGUUGGUUUGGUGAAUUUAACUAAUAGUGAAGCACAAUAUGGCUAGCAGUGGGCUACAUCAUGUGUUCACUUCAUCACUGUUAAAUCUAAAAUGUUGAACAAAAUUCCAAUUGUCAUAUUUAAGGCUAGAGAAUCCAUAUGAUUAUAUUAGCUAUUGUAAGCAAGUUUGUUUUCUUUGUUUAUGUAUACUUCCCUGUGAUUCAUUCAACCUGAAUCAGCAGGUUGCCUUAAAUGAUAAGGAAAAAGUGAGAAGAAAGGGAUUUACAUAUUCUCAUGCUGUUCAUACACUCCAGUUUCUCAAAUGUGUUUGCAGCCUUCCUACGUUUUCUGUUAAAAUAUGCACCUUCCUGAUUUAAUAAAUGUUAAUCUCUUAAACAAAAAUGCUGCUCAAUCUGGGCAUCAAACUAAAGCAAUAUGUGAUUUUUAAAAAGAAUCUUUAAUUAUAUAUUGCAUUUUCUAAUACCCUUUAGCUUACAAAACCAUGUGUAAAUCUUAAUAUACUGUACCUUGUCUUUUGAACAAAACAUUUCAGUUUUGAAAUAAUGUGAAUCGUUUCAGUGAAUAAUGACAUUGUAUUUUCUCAAUUAUGAAAAACAAUGAGAGAGUUGCACAAAAUCUUCAGUAUUUUUAUCUUGGCUGUUUAUUUUCAGAUUUAGCUGAAGCACAUGGAUAUUUGGCCAUGGGAUGAUGCUGCAGUACAUGAACAAUAGUGUUAGUAAAUUAACAUCCCUGACCUCUAAUCCAUACUCCACUGUAAUUUUCUGAAAGUAAUAAUUCACCACAUUACUUUCAAUGUUUAGAGCAGAAAACAUCGGGAGGAUUGCAAGCACCUUUAAAGAAUAAAAUAAUUGAAAUUGUUGAACUGUAAGUGUGGUAUAUGUAGUGCUGUAGAAUAAGAUGACACCAGGUUGAGAUCAUUCAUAUAAUGUUGUGGGAUGUACAUUAUCAUAUCCUGCGUUCUUGUGUAAAAAGUUGACUUGUAUUGAAAUAAGUUAAAUAAAGCUCCUAUUUAUAUCUUCUGGGAGCCAUUGUACUGGCCUUUGUGUGACUUGGGACUAAGGAUGGGUUUACAUUUGGAAAUUGUUAGUGAAUUUCUGUGUGUAACUUAGCUGUAAAGAUUACAACCAUAUUGCCAUAUUGGUAAGAAAAUUGAAGACAUUAUUGAUAUUUAUUCUACACAUGCUGUAAUCAUUAUUUAAAUCCUCAAUCUCAAUUUUCUGAGAUGGAGGAUUUAAAUUGAAAAAGUCUUUCUUUCCUGGUUAAAAAAUCCCGAAUUACUGUUAAAUUGCUAAAUGUAAUUGCCAGGAAUGAAUUGGCAGGUGGAUAAUAGAAAAACGCUUGGCAGCAUUUUUGAUGGCAGAUACUGCUUGCGAUAAUUCUGGAGACUAAAGCCUCCCUUGGGGUACAGGUAACAGAGAUUUACCUCAAAUUAAAUAAUACUGGUUUAUUAGCCCUACCAGGACUACAAGCACGAUGCCAGAAUGUUUCAUAGUUUAAUACAGCGUGAAGUGGAGGAUCCACAGUGGCUUACCUUUACUGAAUGAUGUUUAGAGAUGAUCAGGGUUUCUUGGACAGGUAGUUCAGUAUAUUUUUUUUUAUUGAAAAGAAGGGGAAACCUUGCUGCACUGCAUGGAAGUAUUAUCACUAACCAUUCAGCGAAGGCAAGCGAAAUGAGUGGAGAUGUCUUGUUUUCUUUAUCCCAGAAUCAAUAAUAUAUUUAGUUAAAAUGUGAAAGAUUUUAAAUGCUCAAGAUAUUAGAUCUGUACAUUUUAUCAUAGAUUUUAAUUUGUUUCUGGAUUUGACUGUAUAUUCAUCAUUAACACCCCAGGCUCUUCUGAAUGGAGCCUUAAUGUCUCUAGCUAGUGAAGGACCUCGGUUUAACAUGAUUGCUUGAAAGAUAUCCCAUCCUGUAUGAGAGUGAACCCUGUCACCAUGCUUGGGUAUUGCUUUGUAAUUUCUGUUUCAGAAGGAAAAGCGACAGUGUCUGGCUUACUAACUCGAAUGGCUUGACAUAGAUCUGUGGACAGUCCUUAAUCACAUCUGGCCUCUACUGAAUUGAUUGGUAUUGGAUGGAUAACUACAAAGCCCACUACUAUAAACCUCAGUUAGGUUAGGUUGCAUUUUAUCAUUUUGAGGACUACCUUGUUUCAGUCAGGGUAUUUUUUUUCUAAAAAUCUUCAUGUACAGUUUGAAAAGUUGGUGUAUAAUUCUAAAAACAAACAACUAUCCAAGAGACAGAAAAAUAACAACUUAUUUCCUAAUGUAACAUUUUUCUUGUACUUCAAUGAACUAAUUCAUCAUUGAAUUUCAUAGGACUUUGAUAGUGAGAAUAGUGGCUUCUUUAAUUAGCAGUGUUUAAAUCCAAACAGCUUUUGAUGUAUUUUUCUAGGGCAGUUUUCAACAUGCAUAUGGAGUAAACGGUAAUGGAUGGGCAUCUGGGUGGCACAUUGGUUAGCAUUGCUGCCUCGCAGUGCUGGGGGCCUGGGUCCAAUUCCAAACUUGGGAUGCUUUCAGCAUGGAGUUAGUAUGUUCUCCUUGUGUUUGCAUGCAUUUCCUCUGGUGCUCUGGUUUCCUCCUACAAAAACAUUCUGGUAGGUUAAUUGACUUCUGGGAAAGUUGGCCCUAAGGCGAGUUUGUGCCUGUGCAACUGCUCAGCGAUAGACUGGCAUUAUGUCUAGGGUGUACCUUGCUUGCGCCUAUUGCUUUCUUCUGGUUCCCCUGCAACCCUGAUUUGGAAGAAGGCACGAAAACAUGGAUGGGCAUCCUCUCUUCCCAUUUGUCUGGCCUGAGCUCUAAUCCCACUGAACCCAGUGAGCUUUUCCAUCAUGUGAUCAAAUUGAAAAAAUAAGAGCUGGAAAAUUAAAAGGGGGGCUUAACUUACCACUUAUGUGGAUUACUUUGCUCAAGAGAAUGUCUUUGACUGGUCAAUUAGAUCUAUUAAGAGAUGUGUCAAUAGGGAACACUUUUUCCUGCUUGGUUGAAGAGUUGGCUGUUGGCCACUGGAAAUGAUUUUACAGGCAUGCAGAGUGCAACCUUCAUCAGCCUGCUUCCAUAUAGAAUGAUUUCUCCUGGGAUACUUAGGAUUAAAUCAUAUUAUUGUCAAAAGGAAAGGCAACAUUGCCUUGAUGGCAUGAGUGGAUCCUCAAAGCCUCUCACAGAGAGCUUGGCUCACUCAGUUUUCUGAAAACAGAAGUAGCUGUUAGUAGUGAAUUCAAAUUAUUUGUCAAGAUUGUUCUGUUUCAUGCACAGAACAAAGGGUAUCCUUAUACUGUACAGUAUGUUUGCUAUGAAACUUUACAGAUGCCUUAUUUGUAUAAGUUAGAAUAUUAAUAGACUGAAUAAAGGAGAAUUAUUUUCCUAUUUUCAGUGUAUGUCAUUUAUCAUUUAUUAUUAUUUGAUAUUAAAAAUAUAAUUUGCACUUAUUGAUUUUGAUUAGUUUAGAAUGUAUUGAGAGGAUAGGCCAGUUUAAAGAGUGUACCUAAGUCAUUGUGCCUUUUGCACACUAUUAUUUUUACAGGGUGAUCUGGUACCUUGACAUUGGAAGUUCUUUCUAAAUUCCAGACCAAGUAAUGCCUUAUUCCAGAACUGUAUAAUGUUUCCCUCAACUGAGUUGAAGCUUUUUGAGUUUGUGUUGGGAAAAUAAAGAAUAUAACCAGGCAGAUAGCAAUUGGGCUGCCUGGUUUGCAGUGUUUCACCCAACUAUCUUUGAAUGGAAAUAAAUGUUUGAGCUAAAACUUUGACAUGUAUUUAUGACGGCCUUUGAAAAAUGUGCCUUCGCCUUUGAACCUGUCAAACCUGCUUGAAAUAUAUAAAUAAAUAUAGAUACCAUA